ACACGAGAAUGCGUUUUUGCUCGCCACUACUUGACCACUAAGAGGCAUUCUCACAAGCCGUUUAGAAGUGAAUGGACUUAGACCGCCAAAAGAAAGAUGUCGCUGAAUCCACAAUACGAGGACAUUGGAAAGGGAUUUGUGCAGCAGUACUAUGCGAUAUUUGAUGACCCGGCGAAUCGAGCAAACGUGGUUAACUUCUACAGCGCAACCGACUCCUUCAUGACCUUUGAAGGCCACCAAAUCCAGGGCGCACCAAAAAUUCUGGAAAAAGUUCAGAGCUUAAGUUUUCAAAAAAUUACACGUGUGAUAACCACAGUUGACUCGCAGCCCACAUUCGAUGGCGGAGUUCUAAUUAAUGUCCUCGGAAGACUACAGUGCGAUGAUGAUCCCCCACAUGCCUACUCGCAGAUCUUCGUCCUAAAGGCCAACGCCGGCACCUUCUUUGUGGCGCACGACAUCUUCCGUUUAAACAUCCACAACUCUGCCUAAGAGAGCCCUCCUCUUCGCAGAACUUACAUCUAAAACAUAUGUAACCACACCACUCAGCAAAACACACUCGACAUACAAAGAUGCGCUUGACGACAAACAGCUGGCUAUGGAACUCAACAAAGUAUAACUUUCGCCGGCUUGUUCUCACGUUUAGAAACAACUGAAAAAUGAAAAAACAGAAUAAAAAAUUAAAAGCUAACUACUAUUACAAUGUAA